AUGGCUUUCUCUAACUGUUGCUCUGGUCUUCAACAACACACGCUUGCACCCCCUGCUGGCGAUGUUGCUGGUAUAGGUUGGGAGCGUUUGGAAGGCACUCCACCUCCACCCGGUCAGCCUCCUAAAGGGAGGGUUUACUUCACUUACUGUGGUCAACGUCUCGCCCCUUAUCUGGAGGACGUGGCUGGAGGGAUGUGGCCCGUAGUCCACAUUCAGAAGAAGAAUACAAAGAUCCACGCAAACUUUGGCUGCCGGUUGUUUGCGUACGCAGAGGGACAGGCUCACCGAAACGCUGCCGACCUUUGCAUGGACCUCUCAGAGGAGAUCAGUGCCAACUUUGAGGCUCUCCCCUUUGCCAUGGCCUCCGACAGCGACAAUGAUGCCGGCACUAGUGUGGCGUCUGACUCUGGUUCUCAUGGCCCUCCGUGUCGCAUUGCCGCGGUCGUCACAGCACAGCAACAAUACAAUAGUGAUGCCUCUUGUCACUACAAGGUAGAACUGAGCUAUGAGAAUCUGGUCGUCUCGGGGCCAAACGCCCACCCGCCACUAAUUGCUGAUGAUGAGAGUGAUGAUGAAGAUGAUGAAGACAUUCCUAGGGAGGAUCACUAUGCCUUGCUAGUGAAAGCGUGGGAAACCAAAGUUUUUCCAACCAUUCGGCGUCGUUUCAGGAAUGAAGCAGAGAGGAAGUCUGGUCUGGAUCAGAUCAAAGGAGCACUUCAGCUCGGAAUGGUGGACAUUGCACGUCAGACUGUUGAGUUCCUGUAUGAAGAGAAUGGAGGUAUUCCUCGUGACCUCUACCUUCCAACCAUUGAGGACAUCAAAGAUGAAGCUAAUAAGUUCACCAUCGACAAAGUCCGCAAAGGUUUAACAGUGGGCAUCCGCUGCCCAGAGGGAAACAACACCUGUAGCAGCACAGGUGGAACAGCCUUACCAAAGUUUGCCAUCCGGGGCAUGUUGAAGACUUUUGGCUUGCAUGGUGUCGUGCUCGAUGUAGACUCUGCCAAUGAACUGGUCCAGGUGGAGACAUAUCUCCGUAGUGAGGGUGUGUUAGUCCGGUACUGGUACCCCAUUGAGAUGCUUGAGAGGCCGCCAGCAGGGUCCCGCAGGGCUGCAGCAAAUGGCCUGGUGUCUCUGGACAGCAGCAACAUCCAAAUUCAUCGGGAGCUGCUGCGUUGUGAAAGUUCUCUCGCCCGUCUGUACUGCCGCAUGGCAUUGCUCAACAUCUUUGCUCCCAAGAGCCCUCACACAUUCACACGUCUCUUCCACAUUCCCGCUGUACGAGACAUCACACUUGAGCACCUGCAGCUCUUGUCUAAUCAGCUGCUGGCUCCACCUUUGCCAGAUGGCAGAAUCAGUUCUAACUCUAUUCUGCUGGCCCAGUCUGUUCUCCACGAGCUCCAGGGCAAGAGCUGUUCUUCGACUGAGCUCUUCUAUCAGGGAAACGCACAGACCAUCAGUGAAUGGCUGACGGUGGCCAUCAGCAGAGCUCUGCACCAGGGCGAAGACAGCCUUCUCGAACUCACUAAACAGAUCUGCUGUUUCCUUCAGGCAGAAAGUCUGCAGUCUUGCACUCCUCCGUCGUUCGAGGAAGCGACCACAGCGUCAGUGGCCACAACUCUGUCCUCAAACACCUCCAUAUCUAUCCAGAAACGCUCCCCGUCGGACACCGCAGAACACACACGCUACAGAAGACGCACACUGUCUCUGAAAGAUGGCGAGGGGAGGACUCAUGAAGUGGUGGACGUGCACGAGGAAGAGCAGCAGACCAUCACUGUGCAGGUGGAGGUGAAGAGAGAGAGAGUAGAGGAGGAGGAGGAGGAGCCUGACGUCUCUCUGACACAUGCAGCACAGGAGAUGGUGUCUCCUCCUGAUGAGCCUGUCCCAGAAACACCCGUUUCCCAGCAAACACUUCCAGGUGACCCAGCAGAUCCCCCGGAAACAGCUCCUCGUCCAGACACCGGGACAACAUCUCGGGCCACUGAUCCAGCACAACACACCCCUGAUCCGCCCCGUCCCGACGGGGACAGGCUCCCAGAGACCCAGAGCCGGGAGUCUCUGGACGAAGAGGUCGCCGCAACCACUGACAUCUACUUCUACGCUGAAGGCAGAUAUUGGGUUUAUUCCCCGGUCCUGCGGCGGAAGCUCAGUUCCUACAGUAUCCCUCCAGAGGAGAGGAGCUGGAUGUACUCGUCUCUGCAUUACGGCUCAGAGCCUCAGACUGUGUCCGAUGGGGAAAGUGACACAUAACUGAUGAGAGCUCUUGCUGUGACGUGAGCUGACCUGGACUGCAGCGCUCUUCAGGAUGGGUUUCAGGAAGUUACUUGGGUUCACGUCCCGACCGGUUCGCCUGAAGAGCAACGUCAUCUCUCAGAAAACCCAGUGUGUGUGUGUGUGUGUGUGUGUGUGUGUUUCUGAACCCGAGCAUCUCACCGCUAGGACGUGCAUCCACUCCCUGAAAAACAUCUCAGCAAGUUGUGGACGACCCACAAUGCACUUCUUCAGUCAUUCCACGAACACAUCCGAACAACGCGUCGGCAAUCCCGAAAUCCGUGCGUCCGGCAUGGAGCUUCUGUCAUUAUGCAAUAUGAACUCUUCCCUGUGAUCGCAUGAUAUAUCUUUAUUCUGUGGACGUCAGAGAUGGAUAUAUGCAGAUGUUCAAGAGACUCUGAAGACACUACAUAUCAAACAUCACAAAUCUGUCCUUUAUAGAUUUCUUUCUCUGUAUUUAUUCAUAAGACAGAUGAAUUUUACUAUAGAUCAUAUUUUGGUCUGUUAUGCUGUUUUAGAUCGGCAUCAUCAUUAAAACAUGGUGAAGUUUCUCUA